UUUUACCUAACUCAGUCUUGCACUGAACGUCGUCAAAGGCGGGCGCGUUUUUGUGCUUUUUCAGGUUUCUUGCAUACUUUUCUUUACUACAAAAAAGAUCCUCAAAAAAUCUAUGUGAUUUCAUGAAUAAUUUGACUAAUAUUUUCUUGUGAGUUUUCUUGAAAACGACUUUAAAUAUUCGAAGACUUCGAGGAAUUUUGUGUUUAGUGAUACAAUAUUGAAGUGUUUUCGUGUUCUGGGAUUUGGUGGCGAUCUAUGGGAUACGAUUGCAAGCAAGAUGUCAAAAGGGGGAGAAUAAGAGUUCCUGGUAACAUGGCGACAUUCACGCAAAUUGAAGACAAAAAUGAAAUAAUCAAACAAUGUGGAAACGAUAGACUGCCUACUCUAAAUGAUAUCGAGCGAAACAGUGAAAUAGUAAAACAUAAGAAGAUAAAAAAGUCACCAGUUGAUAUGAACUGCUAUAAGCUCAAAAAACCGUACAUCCUAUACAAUAACUUUAGAUACAAAGACGAACUAUCGAGAAUUUCUACGAAAAGAGAGUAUGGCUUUUAUAGCUACUGUUUCAUUAGUGUUUGUUUAAGUUUCAUAUUAGGAUUACUUAUCGGAGUUGCAAUAGUCGGAUCUCCCGAUGCAAGGAUGAUUUCUCCUAGUUAUAAUCCUAGAAAAUUUAUGAGAAUAAACACUACUCGAGAUGGACUAUCGAGAAGUUUAAAUUCUCUGAAAUUGACUGAUAAUUUUAAGGUAGAUAAAAAUUUCAUAUUCUCUGAUAAGGAAAAGGACAUAGACAGAUUUGCAACUGUAUCAUUCACGGGUGCUAUUGAACCUCAUAAACACAAAAUGGAUGUGUACCCUAAAGGACUUACAGAUGACAUGAAAGAAAUUUUAAAAGAUAACAAAGCAUGGCGCCACAAGCAUACCAUAUUAAGUAUUGUUAACACAACAUUACACGAACCUAAUGAUGAAACUGUUUUAUUUGAUAACAUUUACUGGGGUCCAGAAGUGGAAAACUCGAUGCCUCAGGGUUAUGGAGAGAAUUCAGCUGAAAUAUGGGAAAGAUUUGUAAACCAAAGCGAAAUAAUUAAAAUGGAGACAGGCUGUGGGAGAAUGCAGAAUCGACUUGUAACUUUCAAAGAUGGAAUUCAAGCGUGUGUACGUUAUAGACAGAAUACGGAUCAAAUACAGGGAGAAAUCUUUAGUUUUUAUGUAGCAAGGCUGUUAAAUUUAACAAAUGUAGCUCCGUCAGUGGUCAAAGUAGUAGACCUAAAAGACAAAUUAUGGCAAAGUGUCACUAGUGACAUAGCGUCGGCGCAAUGGAACACAAACCGUGCCGUGGUGUUAACUCAAUAUAUUCCGAGCUUAGAAUCAGCAACUAUACCUGAAAUUUUUAAACCUUCCACUCGCCACCUGAACAAAAUGGAUGUAUUUAAAAUAUGCUUCAAAGAAAACUCCACAAGUGACACUAGUAAGCAGAUCUUAAUAGAUAAAUUGAGACUGAAGAAUGUAAAAUCGAAGAAAGAUGAAGUGGAAAAUUUUGAUUACAUAGAUGCGAAACUAAACAAGAAAACGAUAGAUUUGUUCGUAGAGCUAGCGCAAUGGUCUGACCUCAUAAUAUUUGACUAUUUGACAGCAAAUCUAGAUAGAAUUGUAAAUAAUUUAUUUAAUUAUCAAUGGAAUAUAAAUAUUAUGGAUGGUCCAGCACAUAACUUGGCUAGAAAAAUGGACAGUGGACUCUUGCUUUUUUUGGACAAUGAAUCUGGACUUUUGCACGGCUAUCGACUGUUGAAAAAAUAUAACAUGUAUCAUAGUUUGAUGCUUGACAAUUUGUGCGUGUUCAGAAAAAAGACAGUAGAUGCUUUAAAGCAUUUAUAUGAAACAUCGAUUGGUUCAAAACUCAGUGACAUAUUUCAUAAGAAAAACAAUGCUGUGAUUAGAGACAUUUUACCGCCUCUACCUGAGAAGAAUGCGAAAAUAUUACACGACAGGAUAGGAAAGGUGCUUAAUCAAAUCGAAAAGUGUGAAAAGACUUUUUUAAAUACUAGGUAGGGUUUUCAAUUAUGCUCGCACAUUUAUAUAAUUUUAAUAACUUUUUAUGAAUUUGAACUGCCCAUGUGAUUAUUGAUAUUGUAAUAAGACUUAUACGAUACCUCAAAAUAUAAUCCUUGAAUAUAUUAAACUCUUUUUUGAGUAUUUGUGUGAUCUUUGUGAAAUUAUCAAUAAAGAAUAUUAAUUAUUCUGAAAUAACCAUUUUUCAUACAAACUGCAAUGUGCGAGCAAACUUCAUGUAAAUGUUUUUAGUAUUUAAGCGUCUUUCGAUACCAAAUAACUUUAUUUAUUGUAAAAAUAAAUGUAUAAUGUGCCAGUAAUAGCUUGUGGUGAUAUUUAAAUAUGUUAAGCACUUUGUAUUAUAAGAAUUGUAAAUAAUAUAUAUACUAUGUAAUAUGUAGAACGUCUGUCGAUUUAUUAUGUCUGUAGGUCCUGAGAUGAUAAAACUUAAUACGAUUUUUUGUUCGCUGUACUGCUAAUUUCCAUAUUUAAAUUUAAAUGUAUGGAUAACUUAGUAGACAACCAAUUUACCUUAGUUUAUUUUUAAAAAUUAAAGUGCAUAUUUGACUCUCUUUCGCCCGUCAGUAAGAAUUGUAUUUCUGAUAACUUCUUGAAUGUAACUUAAUAAGAUUCCUUACUGUUUGAUAAAACUAACUUCGGUGUAUACCAUUGAUGUACAAACAUGUACAUUAAUGUAUAAUACAAACUGUUUCCAAAGUUCAUUUCUAUAAAAUCAAAGGAUACGUAUACUUACAGA